AUGUAUCUAUCUAUCUAUCUAUCUAUCUAUCUAUCUAUCUAUCUAUCUAUCUAUCUAUCUAUAUCAUAUCAGUCUGCAUGGAUCUAUCUAAUUUUUCAUGUAAUCUAUCUAUCUAUCUAUAUUAAUCUGUUCAUAUCUAUCUAUCUAUCUAUCUAUCUAUCUAUCAAUCUAUCUAUAAUAAAUAUAAAACGUUCUCAUUUUCUCUCUUUCUAUUUUAUUUUACUAUUUUUUAUUUUAUUACUUUCUUUCUCUUUCAUUCUUUAUAUUUCUUUCUUUUUUUUCUUUCAUUCUUUAUAUUUCUUUCUUUCUCUUUCAUUUUUAUAUUUCUUUCUUUCUUUUCUUUCAUUCUUUAUAUUUCUUUUCUUUCUCUUUCAUUUUUAUAUUUCUUUUUUCUUUCUUUUCAUUCUUUAUAUUUUUCUUUCUCUUUCAUUUUUUAUAUUUUCUUUUUUCUUUUCUUCUUUCAUUCUUUAUAUUUCUUUCUUUCUCUUUCAUUUUUAUAUUUCUUUCUUUCUUUUUCUUUCAUUCUUUAUAUUUCUUUCUUUCUCUUUCACUUUUAUGUUUCUUUCUUUCUUUCUCUUUCAUUCUUUAUAUUUCUUUCUUUCUCUUUCAUUCUUUAUAUUUCUUUCUUUCUCUUUCAUUUUUAUAUUUCUUUCUUUCUUUCUCUUUCAUUCUUUAUAUUUCUUUCUUUCUCUUUCAUUUUUUAUAUUUCUUUCUUUUCUUUUCUUUAAUUUUUUUAUUUCUUUCUUUCUCUUUCAUUUUUUUUAUUUCUUUCUUUUUCUCUUUCAUUUUUUAUAUUUCUUUCUUUCUUUCUCUUUCAUUCUUUAUAUUUCUUUCUUUCUUUUUCUUUCAUUCUUUAUAUUUCUUUCUUUCUCUUUCAUUUUUAUAUUUCUUUCUUUCUUUCUCUUUCAUUCUUUAUAUUUCUUUCUUUCUCUUUCAUUUUUAUAUUUCUUUCUUUCUUUCUCUUUCAUUUUUAUAUUUCUUUCUUUCUUUUUUAUUCUUUAUAUUUCUUUCAUUUUUCUUUCUUUUCUUUUCUUUUUCUUUUCUUUCUUUCUCUUUCAUUUUUUAUUUUUUUCUUUCUUUCUCUUUCAUUUUAUAUUUCUUUCUUUCUUUUCAUUCUUUAUAUUUCUUUCUUUCUCUUUCAUUUUUAUAUUUCUUUCUCUUUCAUUUUUAUAUUUCUUUCUUUCUUUCUCUUUCAUUUUUAUAUUUCUUUCUUUCUUUCUCUUUCAUUCUUUAUAUUUCUUUCUCUUUCAUUUUUAUAUUUCUUUUUUCUUUUUCUUUCAUUCGUUAUAUUUCUUUCUUUCUCUUCAAUUUUUAUAUUUCUUUAUUUCUUUCUCUUUCAUUUUUAUAUUUCUUUCUUUCUUUUUCAAAUUUUAUAUAUCUUUCUUUCUUGUUUUCAUUCUCUAUAUUUCUUUCUUAUUUCACUUUCAUUCUUUACAUUUCUUUCUUUCUCUUUCAUUAUUUCUCUCUUUCCUUUGGUUUAUGUUUUCUUUCCUUUAUUUCAAAUAUCAGAUUAUUUCUUUCUUCCUUUCUUUUCUUUUCUUUUCUCUUUCUUUCUUUCUUUUUAUUUCAUUCGUUUCAUUUCUUUCUCUUUCUUAG